CUGUGGGUGGUUGCCACAGCUGCUGGCUUUCAGCAGACACCUCACAGCGGUUCGCAUUGGCAGGAAGGACGAGCGAGAGCCCCGCGGCGCAGGGAGGGCUGAAGAGACUGCACAGGAGAAAGAGGCACCAGGCUGCGGCUGGCAGUGGAACAUGGAUGAAGGCUGAGGAGCCUCAGAUGGUUCUGUGAGGUGGCCAGGAGGACACAGGGUGGUCCAUGGGAAGGCUGUGGUGCUGCCAGCAGAGUGCUCCUCACCUAGGGAUCACCCAUGUCACAGGGAGCCUCUGAUGGAAGAACCCAUGGUGCAGAAGCACCUGGAGAGCCUCCAAAGCUUCUAUGGGAAAGGCCUGGAGACAGAUCAUCUGCAGCGGCUCACCAGCCUGCUGCUGGUGGAAGGCUUGACGGAUAUCCAGCAGAAGGAACACGACAUCCUGCAGCUUGAGGCCACGAAAGGCCUGCAAAAUGGAUCUAAGAGCAUCCCUCUGGAGAAGCUCUUCCUGCCUCUCUCCAAGGUCAGCAUCCCACCUCGGAUCUCUGUCACCAUCGGAGUGGCUGGGAUUGGCAAAAGCACUCUGGUGAAGCUCUUUGUCCACAGCUGGGCAAAGGGGGAGAUCAGCAAGGACAUCGCCUUUGUGCUGCCCCUCACCUUCCGGGAGCUGAACACCCACGAGAAGCUGUCUGCUGAGCGGCUGCUCUGCUUGGCCUCCCCCCACGCCGCCGAGCACGGCUGCAGCUCAGCUGGGGCUGCCAGGACCCUGCUGAUCCUCGACGGCCUGGACGAGUUCAAGACUCCUUUGGAUUUUUCCAACGCUGUGGUAUGCACCGACCCCAAAAAGGAGCUCCAAGUGGACAACCUCAUCACCAACAUUAUACGUGGCAACCUGCUGCAGGAGGCCUCUGUCUGGGUGACGUCGCGGCCGGCGGCGGCCGGCCAGAUCCCGGGUGGGCUCGUGGACCGCAUGACAGAAAUCCGAGGCUUCAGAGCGGCCGAGAUGAAGGACUUCCUGGAGCAGAUGUUCCCCGAGAGCAGGGACGUGUCCAGCCGAGUCCUCUGGCACAUCAGGGCCAACAGGUCCUUGCACGCCCUGUGCACCGUGCCCGGCUUUUGCCGCAUUUCUGGCUCCUCCAUCGGUUAUUACCUAAAGAUCAGCGCCCACCGCCCCCAGGAGACGGCCACCGGCCCCAGAACCCUCUCAGAACUCUACUCCUAUUACUUUAAAAUGGCCCUGAGCGGCGACUGGCCCGAGAAGCCUCGCGAACCGCUGAGGAUUGAGCAGGCAGUGAGCAGCAGCAGGAAGGUGGUGGGCAGCCUGGGCAGGCUGGCCUUCUGCGGGCUGCUCAGGAGGAAGCACGUCUUCUACGAGCAGGACAUGAAGGCCUGCGGCGUGGAGCUGUGGGUGCUGCAGAGCAGCCUGUGCGGCAGACUGCUGCUCAGGGACGAGGCGCAGUCCUUCACCGCCUACUGCUUCUCCCACUCAACGCUGCAGGAGUUCCUGGCAGCCCUCUACUACUACACGGCUGCCAAGCGGGCGCUGUUUGACCUCUUCACCGAGAGCAGCGUGUCCUGGCCCAAGCUGGGCUUCCUCAGCCACUUCAGGAGCGCUGUCCAGAGGGCUCUGCAGGCGGAGGACAGGCACCUGGACAUCUUCGUGCGCUUUCUCUCCGGGCUCCUCUCGCCGCAGGUGAACAAGCUGCUCUCCGGGUGGCUGGUGGCAAAGGAUGAGCACAACAGCUUCAGGAGCCAGGCCAUCAGCUUCCUGCAGGGCUGCCUGAACACCAACUAUGCCAUCUCCUCGCGGGUGGUGAACACCAUGCACUGCCUCCACGAAAUCCAGCACACAGAGAUCGCCAAGACCGUGGAGGAGGCCAUGAAGAACGAGAGCUUGGCUGGGAUGCUCACCCCCGUGAACUGCUCUGCCCUGGCUUACCUCCUGCAGGUCUCUGAUGUCUGCAUGGAGGAGACCAACCUCUCCAACUGCCUCACCUACAACGUCUGUAAAAGCCUGCUCUCCCAGCUCCUCUUCUGCCAUAGCCUCAGGCUGGACAACAACCAGUUUAAGGACAACGUGAUGGAGCUGCUGGGCAGCAUGCUGAGUGUGAAGGACUGCCGGAUACAGAAGCUCAGCUUGGCGGAAAAUCAGAUUGGCAACAAGGGAGCCAAGGCCUUGGCCAGGUCCCUGAUGGUGAACAGGAGCCUGAUGGUGCUGGACCUGAGGAGCAACUGUGUCGGCCCCGCCGGAGCCAGAGCCCUGGCUGAUGCGCUGAAGAAGAACCAAGUCCUGCUCUCCCUAAACCUGCAGCACAAUGCCAUCAGUGAGGAUGGUGCCAGCUUCCUGGCCGAGGCCCUGUUGACCAAUCAUAGGCUGAUGACCUUGCACCUGCAGAAGAAUGCCAUUGGAGCCCACGGUGCCAGGAAGGUGGCCGAGGCACUGAAGCAGAACUGCAGCCUGAAGGAGCUGAUACUCUCCAGCAACUCGGUGGGAGACAGUGGCUCGGUUGCCUUGGCUGAAGCUCUGAAGGUGAACCACACUCUGCAAAGCCUUGAUCUGCAGAGCAACUCCAUCAGCAGCACCGGGGUCGGCGCCCUGACAGCAGCUCUCUGCUCCAACAAGGGACUCACCAGCCUCAACCUGCGAGAGAACUCCAUCAGCAAGGAGGGAGGCCCUGCCAUCGCCCACGCCCUGCGGACCAACAGCACCCUUAGGAAGCUGGACUUGGCAGCCAACCUGCUGUGUGACGAGGGUGGCAAGGCCAUCGGUCUGGCCAUGGCAGAGAACCGGGCGCUCACCUCCCUCCACUUGCAGUGGAACUUCAUCCAGGCCAGCGCUGCCACAGCCCUGGCACAAGCACUACAGUCCAACGCCAGCCUGGCCAGACUUGACUUGCAGGAGAACGCCAUCGGUGACCAGGGCACGGCCGCCCUCGCUGCUGCGCUGGAGGUCAACACCAGCCUGGCACAGCUCCACCUGCAGGUGGCUUCAGUUGGUGCAGCUGGUGCCCAAGCCCUGGCAAAAGCCUUAAUGGUCAACAAGAGCCUGCAGAUCCUGGACUUGAGAGGAAACAACAUCGGUGUGGCAGGGGCCAAGGCCUUGGCCCAUGCACUGAAGGCCAACCGCAGCCUGCGCCACCUCGACCUGCAAGAGAACUCCCUGGGCAUGGAUGGAGCCAUCUUCAUCGCCACCGCGCUGAGGGGCAACCACAGCCUCACCUAUGUGAACCUGCAGGGGAACCGCAUUGGGCAGGCUGGAGCCAAGACGAUCUCGGAUGCCAUCCGCACCAACGCCCCCGACUGCGUGGUGGACGUGUGAGAGCCCUGGCCACAGCCAGGAGGUGGCCUCCUGGGUCACUUUGGCCAGGGCACCUCUGCAGGGAGCUGCUGGGCCCUCUGCCCACCAGGGAGGAGAGCUGCAGCAAGGGCAGCUUCUGGGCUCCUUGGCACAAGCCCGGCAGGAUCCGAGCCCUGUAUCUGUGGUGAGGAGGGUCAGGCCCGGUGUUGGAAGCUGAGGAUGUGCACCCAGGUCCCUGCUCAUCCAGGCACUGAGGAGCUUCAGGGAGUGGCUGAAAUGGUGAAUGGAGGGAGUAGGGGACAGAUCCCACAUGCCAGCCCUUGUUCUGGUGGCAGUGCCCCUCCGGUGAUCUCCGCAGUGUUCCUGCAGCGCUCCCAGCCUGCCCCAGGCCGGGCACAGCCUGAACACCCUGCAGCUCCCCUCUGCCCCCAGCCUGAGCUGCUGGGCAGAAGACUGCAGCAGCUCAGCUGGGCUCCAGGGCUCUGCUCCCAGCAGGGCUACCAGCAGCCUCACCUCACCUGGCUGCACACAGCAGCCCUACAGGCCCCCUUGAAAUCCCAGAGAGAGCAGAGGCUCACGGGAGAGCAGUGCUUUGGGGCUGGGUGCUUCAGAGCAGGGUCCUGGGCUGCAGCUACCACUUUGGGAAUGAGUUGGUGCUGGUCAGACCUGCCUGAAGACUUUAGAACCAGCUAGAAAGGCCUUGGAAAUAAAGAGGCCUCAGGGCAGAGGGAGGAGACCCGAGGUGGUGAAUGGCAGUGGAACAGCACCAGAUGAGGAUGGGCUGUGCUCUUUUAGUAGGUCACCUUCUGGGCAGGUGGCUUCUGCAAACAGAGGUUGUAGGUGGCAGAGCCCCAGGGACUCUCCAGAAGGUGCCAGCUUUUCAGGUGGACCAGGAACUAAAAAUGCACCCCUCAGAGCCCCUUCCAGCCACUGCCCCAUCUCCCCACUCCAGCAAAGCCCAUGCUGAGAUCUGCUGCUGGUCUGAGGGCAGGGAGGGCUUGCUGCAGGGACCUCUGUGGGCUGCUCUUGGAGAACCAGGAGGCUGAGCUGUGUGAUGGGUGGGAAAUAAACUGGCUCCUGGCUGA